AUGGCCGUACUGGACGCUAUCCGCGCCAAGCUGCAGAGCACCUCGGACCCCCAUUUACAGGCCCGCCUUCUGCUGCAGUACAGCUCAGCUGCGGCCUCGCCCGGUGCCAAGACCGCGGCGGCCAUCGACUUCCUCUUCUCCUUCCUACAGCAGAAUCAGACGCAGGCCGAGGCACAAGGGGACGGGAAUCAGACCAGCAAGGACGCCGGCAGCAGCGGAGCCAUCGUCGUGGGCGCCAUCGUGCGCGGCCUGAGGCAGCUGCUGGCCGUCAAGCCCGCCGUGGUGCAGCCCAUGAUCCAGGUGGACGCCAUGGGCGAGCAGCUCAUGCAGUGCAUGAGCGUGGGGGAAGACUUCAAGCUGCGGCGCGACAUGCUGCGCAUCGUCGUGGAUUGCCUCAUGCUCACCAACAAGUUCGCGCAGGUGGAGACGCUGCUGCACGUGUGUGUGCGGGACCACGACGCCGGUAUGCAGGCCAUUUGUCUGCGAGGGUAUCUGAGGCUGCACGAUGCAGGUCGCAGCUUCGCGGCGGAGACGGCGUCGUCACCAGGCGCGAAGGAUGCGGUGGGGAACCAUUUCGACCGUCUAGCGGCGUUCGUACUCUUUGCGCAGAGCGAGGAGGUGCGAGUGCUGGCGGCGCAGGUGCUGGUGGCGCUGGCGGACUUGCACCCGCAGCACGAAGUUGCGAGCCGCAGGUUCUUCCCGUCGUCGAUCAGCAUGGCGGUGGCGAAGACAACGCUGUUUCUGCCGGAAAAGGCGUUCUAUGUGUUGUGUAUGGCUGGAAGUGAUGUGUCGGCUUCGGUGCGUGUGGAGGUUGCACGCUGUUUGCGCGGGUUCUCGCGCGUGCUUGCGAGUGAAGUAGUGGAGCACGCUGUGCUGAAGACGCAGAUCGAUGAAGCUGUGGUGGAUGUUACGCCUGAGGCUUUGGAGAUGAACACGCGUCGUAUGCUGUCGAGUGGAGUGUUGCUGUCGCUGCUGGAGGAUAUUGAUGGAGAUGUGGCUGCGGAAGCCUCACGCACUAUCGCGCGGCUGAGUGAAAUGACGACGAAGCCAGAUGCCGGCGUUGGGCGAUGGAGUCAACGGGCGAUGGAGCGGGCCAUCACGGCGCACUUCGACGCUCUUCCUCGAGCAAGCGUGCCGAGCUCCGCGACACUCUGUCGCGUGCUAGUUAGCUCGGUGGGCCGAUUGCUGGUGUGCGGGGACUCACUUAGCACAAAGACGGACUUCACUAUCUCAAGCGCAGAUUUAAGCUGCCUGAUUCGUAGCGCCAGCAUCGACGCAGACAGCAUCAAGCCCGCAGUUGUUGAUAUCUUGGUUGUGCUGCAGUAUUGUGACUUGUCAAGCGCCUGGGCCGUUCAACGCAUUAUUGACUUCGUGCUCGACAGCGUGGGGUCUUCUUCGUUUGAUUACCCUUCGUCCGACAGGGAGAGCGAAGAUAGCGAUACUCCUGACUGUUGGGGCAAACGGAUUCUCGUCGUACUGCGCGAUCUCGGGAAGAAGUGCUCAAAGGUGCUGAAAGCUGACGUUGCCUUGUCAGACCGUUUGCGGCAGGAAGCAUCCUCUCAGCGUCGAUUCUUGAAAUCUGUGUGUCACGCACUACUUGGUCAGACGGAAUCACCCCGGCACGACAAGUCAAAGGAUGCGAACAAGUCACCAUUCGACGUGUCAAGCUUAUUUUUCCUGAAGACCCCACCUACGAGCUCCCCUCAUAUUCCCGCGCGAGAUUCCUCUACCGUUUCGUCUCAAGUGGCUGAUUCAAUGGAUACCUUGCGAAAGUCUCCAACCGAUGGGAAUGUGGCUGUAUACCUCAAGGCGAUCCAGCGACUCCGGACUGCGUUUGCUGUGGAUGCCGUUGAUAUUUCCGUUCGAGUCGCUGAUGUUAUCGUGCGUUUGCGCCAGCACGUACAUUCGUUCCCUGAUGCAUCAGCCGCGCCAGCCCCGACUGCACACAAAUAUGUUUCGAUGCAGGCGAUGCUCAGCACGAGCCCGAGCGUGAGCUCUGGCCACACGAGUAGUACUAGCGUGGACAACCAAGAUCAGAAAGAGGCGCAAGUAUUUGCAAGUCUGCGGAUACCCGUGGAUCUGGAAAAAAGCUGCCAAGAAGUGGUUGACGUUGCCUCGGAUACCUACGUCAAGGCGUUCGCACUCAGCUCAUCGCCCCGUGCAGAACUGCUCCAGUUGAUAUUGCUUGGCCGCGUAGGACUUGUGCUCUCAUUGCUGCAGAAUUCCAGCGACAGCCUGCUGAAGAUUGAAAAGCUUCGAUGGAUUGCCAAGGAGGCAACUCGCCUGCGCUUCCUCGUCAGUGAUAACCAUCAUCAAGGCGAGAUGUGGUUGCCGACACAGUUGCUAUCCGACGUUAGCUCACUGGACGAUGUGAAGCGUGCUUUCGUGGUCAUUGUUCGUAAGGCGUGGCCUACGGCGCUAAUUAAAGCUGCAAUUCAUCGGUUGACGCGAGCAGCAAACGGUUCUGGAGUUAUCUACCGACGUCCAGCUAUUGCUCACGCUUCUAUUGUGGAGCCUACAACGAGUGCAAGCGCAAAGCCUGAGCCUCGGGAAAUCACAGCAAACUGGCCGUUUGAACAGCGAGUCCGAUUCUUACUGACAAGCGUGCGGGACAUCACUCAGGUGUUCGUCAAGAGCGUACUGCCCAAUGGUGAUGUGGAGUAUCAUCACGUACCUGCAAAACGUGUCUGCAACCAAGGCUCACGAAAGCACAUGGUCGACCACACCAUCACACUGACGGUGUCGCCAUUUUCGGAUCCGACUGCGUUCACUGUAACAGUGUGUCUUGGGCACCCCACUUUGCCCGGCAGCGUUAAGCCAAACACCCCCGGAUCCAGAGAAACGAGUCCUCGCAUCUUCAAAGAGAUAUCGGCAUCAGUUCGCGUACCGAUUUUCCAUCGCACAAGCUCCACACUGAGGCAUGCGAAAUCGUAG